CUCCGCCUUCCCUCUGUUACUGCAAAAUGACCCAGGCUCCCACCGUACUGCACUUUAGUGGUCAUCAGUUUUUCAGGCACAGGCUCGUGCUUGGAGUUCUCAGCGGGAAGCCGGUCCGCAUAGACAAAAUCCGGUCGGACGACAAAAACCCUGGUCUACGAGACUACGAGGUCAGCUUGCUACGACUGCUGGAGCGGGUGACGAAUGGCACGGUCAUCGAGAUCUCCGUCACUGGUACCGCUGUAUUGCUCAAACCCGGUGUAAUUGCUGGCGGAAACGUUGUGCAUGACUGCCCGUUGACGCGGUCUGUGGGCUACUUCCUGGAGCCUAUCGUGAUGCUCGCGCCCUUCGCGAAGAAACCCUUGGAGCUCACAUUGCGGGGAAUCACAACAGAUGAAAAUGACCUCUCGGUGGAUAUCAUCCGCACCGUCACGCUUCCCCACUUGCAGCUAUUCGGAGUCUCAGAAGGCUUGGAACUUCGCAUCAAGAAGCGCGGCAGCCCCCCUCUCGGCGGCGGUGAAGUGCAAUUCCUGUGUCCCAUCGUGAAGCAGGUCAAGACCCUGAACUUCGUGGACCCUGGCAAAAUCAAGCGGAUACGAGGCAUCUCGCAUGCUGUUCGAGUGAACCCACAAUUCUCAAACCGAAUGAUCGAAGCUUCUCGCUCGGUUCUAAAUCGCUAUAUUCCUGACAUCUACCUGUAUUCCGACGUGUAUAAAGGCGAAGAAAGCGGCAGAUCACCAGGAUACGCGCUGAGUCUGCUUGCAGAGUCAACCACAGGGGCCAUGCAUUGCUCGGAAGCAACGUCCAGACCUGGCGUUCCUCCUGAAGACAUCGCCGUAGUGGCAUCGCGGGCCCUUCUGGCGGAGAUACGGAGAGGAGGAUGUGUCGACAGGCAACAUCAAGUGUUGGUGCUGCUCAUGAUGAUCCUAGGAAGCGAGGACGUCGGCAGGUGUAGGAUGGGCGAGCCCACAGUGCGCGCCAUUCAAUUCUUGCGAGAUGUCAAGGAGGCGUUCGGCACGGCUUUCAAGAUUGUCCCAGCAGACCCUGCCGACGCGAACUCGACAGAUCUCUUAUACUCUUGUUAUGGUGUAGGCUACGUAAACGCGAACAGGUCACUGGCGUAGUGGAUUAAGCCUUCAAACCAUGUCCUCUUCAGGGAAAAGUAUGCUACUGUCAAGUCCUCAGCGCAAUUCGAAGACUUAGCGACUGCAUCAUUCAUGAAUCCUAUACGCCUUCGCAGCUCCUCGUCUGCUACCUGUAAAUGAUGGAUAUAUUUCCGUAUUCCUC